AUGAGCAUGCAAGACCUUAUUCAAGGAGAAGCUGAGCUCGAUGAGGAAGAAAAUGAAGACUCGUUUGACGAAGAGACUGGAGAAGCUCGGACAAAGAAAAGAAUUCCAAAUGGAGACCUAGAUGAUUCGAGUGAGGAAGAAGACGAUGAUGAUGAGGAAGCAGCUCGCGCCAUUCGUGAAGGCUUCAUCAUUGAUGACGAUGAUGAAGAGCCCGAUGAUCGAGAGAGACGUCGUCGCAAAGAUAAAAAACGCCGACGUGCUGAGCGCGAAGAAGAAGAGGCGAUUCUAGAUGAAGAAGAUCUAGAUCUUAUCGGCGAGGCUAAUCCGGAGUUUCAGCGCAAGACAUCAUCCGCACAGCCUAAGCUCAAGCGGCUUAAACGCGGACAUCGAGGAAAUGGUGAAGAACGAAGCAAGCGUGGACUUGAAGAAAUAUUCUCGGACGAUGAGGAGCUAGAUGGGCCUCCUGCCACUGAAUCCAGAUUUGCUCGAUCGGAUCAUCAUCGGGUAGAUGAGUUCGCUGAUUUCAUCGAGGAAGACGAUCUCGAAGACGAAGAUGAGCGACAAAGGCACCAAGAAGAAAUGGAGGUCGCUCGCCCGCGGGAGAAAAACUAUGCAGUCGGUUCUGAUGCCACUGGUCUCGACAAGGAUGCAUUGGAAGAUAUGGAAGCUAUCUUUGGAAACGGAGAAGAUUAUGACUGGGCACUGGCUCUAGAAGAUGAGGCUGAAGCUAGAGAGGCUGGAGAUCAUACACUUGAGUUAAAAGAUGUAUUCGAACCAUCUCAAUUAUCUGAAAAACUUCUCACGGACGCUGAUAAUACGAUCCGAUGGGCUGACGAACCCGAGCGCUUCCAACUUGAUCGAAAUCCAUAUAAGCAUGUAAUUAUUUCUGAAGAGCAAUUUAAGGAAGAGAACAGAUGGAUAACUAGUCUUAUAUGGCCUAAAAAGCAGCUUCCGAACGAUCUCCAGGUACCCUUUACCAAAGCUAUAGGUAAGGUCUUGGAAUUCUUUGUGGUUGAUGAGGUCGAGGUACCAUACGUUUUUCAACAUCGAAAGGACUAUCUGAUCCAUGCAACGAAAACUCUUGUGCGUGGUAAUAACGGUACAGAUCAAGACGAAUUUCAAGUUAGUGCUCAGAAGCUUCUAAAUCAGGAUGAUCUUUGGCGCAUUUUGGAGCUGGAUCUCAAGUUUAGGGCACUAGUCGAAAAGCGAAACGUUAUCGAAAAAACGUACGAGAAUUUGAAGUCUAGAGCUGGUGUAGAGGAUAAGACUGUGGAGGAUAUGAUACCAGCUGCAGCGACCAUGGAGGAACUACAGGAUAUCCAGGACUACAUAUACUUUCACUACUCUUUGGAACUUAAGGACCUCAAUAUUAUGAAUAAUGAUUCAAAGGAAAAGCGACGCCCUGGAAGCAAACCAUCUAUGUUUGACCGUAUUAGGAAAGGCAAAGUUUAUGGCCUUCUACGUGCGUAUGGAAUCACUCCCAACCAAGUGGCUCAAAAUGCUCUGCGAGAAGGGAGAAAACAAUUUACUGAAGACGCUUCCGAGUCCCCUAUAGACUUAGCAGAUGCUAUAGUCACGGAAAGUGAAUUUAGUACUGGAGAGCAAGUCCUAUCAGCUGCUCGACAAAUGUAUGCUGAAGAAUUAUUCGCCAGCCCCCGUAUGCGUAAGCACUUUCGGAUGAGUUACUACAUGAUGGGUGCGGUACAUUGUUACAGGACCGAAAAAGGUCUCCGGAAGAUCGAUGAGCAGCAUCCAUAUUAUGAGCUGAAGUACCUGCGAAAUAAGACGUUUAGCGAUAUUGCUAAUAAGCCUGAAAUUUUUCUCAAGAUGCUCAAGGCUGAGGAAGAGGGACUUGUUGAGGUUAAAGUCUUACUUCAGCACGAGCGCGAUUUCAAGAAGCAGCUUUUUUCCGAAUUCGCAUCAGAUAAUUAUAGUGAGCUUGCUGAUGCAUGGAAUGACGAAAGGCAAAAAGUUCUUGAAUUAGCAUUUACCAAACUUGAGCGAAUAAUCACAAAAGGAGUUAAGGAAAGCAUGAGAACUGAAUGUCAAGAUUCGAUCUUAAAGAUAUGUCGUGAAGAAUACUCAAAAAAAUUAGAUCAAGCUCCAUAUCAGCCUGCUGGCAUGUCGCUAGGAACAGUUCCUCGAGUUCUGGCUCUAUCUAGUGGUAAUGGCGAUCCAGGACGCGAUGCAGUAUGUUGGGCUUGGGUAGAGGAAGAUGGGCGUGUAGUAGAGAAUGGAAAGAUCAAUAACAUAUUAAGAGACGAAAGAGAUCGACAAAAGUUUGUUGAUUUGGUACAUCGUAGGAAGCCUGACGUCGUUGGAGUAUGUGGAUUCUCAGCUGAGACACACAAACUAACAAAUGCACUCCGCGAUAUUGUUAACGAAAAAGGACUACGGGCUGCCGAACUCGACGAAGAUGGGGAUGGGGAAGAAGAUUCUACAAGGCCCCUCGAAAUUGUCGUUGUAAACGAUGAAGUAGCACGACUAUACAAAGAUAGCCCACGUGCAGCUGUUGAUCACCCUGGGCUACCUCCUCUAACUAGAUAUUGUGUCGCCUUGGCGAAAUAUAUGCAAAAUCCGAUGAAGGAGUAUGCUGCUCUAGGGAAAGAUAUAGUAUCCUUGUCUUUUCACCCGUGCCAACAACUUUUACCGGAAGAUAAAGUUCGGAAAACAUUAGACACAGCAAUGGUAGACAUGGUUAAUCUUUGUGGUGUCGAUAUAAACGAGGCUAUAUCUGAUCCUUACACGGCUGCAUUACUUCCAUACGUCUGUGGACUAGGUCAUAGAAAAGCAUCUGCUGUUCUCAAAACAAUAAACACAAAUGGCGGCGUCGUUAAUACAAGAGAUGAACUUGUUGGGGAUCUUGAUCAGCAAAAACUUCCAGUUGUAGGCCCAAGGGUUUGGAAUAAUUGUGCUAGUUUUUUAAUGAUUGUCUAUGAUAGCUCUAGUUCAAGCUCAGAUUAUCUUGAUAACACUCGUGUCCAUCCGGAAGACUACGAGCUUGGACGUAAAAUGGCAGCCGAUGCACUUGAACUGGACGAAGAAGAUGUCAAAGUUGAAGUGGAUGAAGGUGGUCCUGGCGCAAUUGUUCGUAAACUAAUUAAGGAAGACGGUCAAGAAAAGGUCAACGAUUUGAUUUUAGAGGAAUACGCUGAGCAACUCGAACGCAAUUAUAAUCAACGUAAACGUGCCACACUCGAAACUAUCCGUGCAGAACUCUUGCAACCUUAUGAAGAAUUGAGAAAAGACUUUGCUAUCCUUAGUAACGAUGAAAUAUUUACUAUGCUAACCGGUGAGAAUAAGGAUUCUCUUCAUGAAGGAGUAACUGUCUCGAUAAAUAUCAGGGUCGUCAAGGAAGACUUCAUUAUAGCAAGGCUUGAUUCGGGACUUGAAGGAAAGGUAGAAGCACAAGAGGGUCCUAAUUCGAACAUGCCACUGAAUCGCUUAUUUUCUGUUGGUCAGACGACUCAAGCUAAGGUUCUCGAAAUUGACCGAAGCAGCUUCACACUGAGGCUUUCAUUACGCGAAGAAGCUCUACGUAUGCCCAAUAAAAAUCUUGUGGACCGUGACUAUGGGACUUGGGACGUAGCUCAAGAAAAUAAGGAUAAAGAUGAGCUCCGUGAGAAGGACAAAGCCACUGGCCGAUCUCGGAGGGUUGUCAAACAUCCUCUGUUUAGGCCGUUCAAUUCUACGCAAGCGGAGGAAUACCUUGGGUCACAAGCCUCUGGUGAUGUCGUGAUUAGACCUUCUUCUAAGGGUAAUGAUCAUCUUGCUGUUACAUGGAAGGUGUCCGAUGGUGUUUAUCAACAUAUCGAUGUUCUCGAAUUACAGAAAGAAAAUGAAUUCUCUGUUGGCCGGCAGUUAAAAAUUGGGGGCAAAUACACGUACAGCGACCUUGAUGAACUCAUUGUCGAUCAUGUCAAAGCUAUGGCGAAGAAAGUAGACGAAAUGAAAACACAUGAAAAGUUUCAGGGAGGCAGUAAGGCAGAUACAGAUAAAUGGCUAACAACUUACACCGAGGCCAACCCUAAACGAUCAGUGUACGCAUUUUGUUUAGAUUCUAGACAUCCGGGAUAUUUCUUUCUCUGCUUCAAGGCAGGGCAGGCAGCUCGUGUGAACGCUUGGCCAGUCCGAAUAGUGCCAAACGCAUUUGAACUAAUGAAAAGCCCUUAUCCCGAUAUGAAGGCUUUAUGCAAUGGCUUCAAGCUGCGACACAUGAGUGAAAUGAGUAAGAGAGGCUAA